AGGGCUCAUGUAAUCAAAGAAGUGUCUUUGUUGUGUGUAUCUUUUCAGAACACAACAGGAAUUGAAAAUGAAUCAGAACACUACUGAGUCUGGGGCAGCUGCUGAGACCCUGGCCGAGGUACCUGAACACGUGCUUCGAGGACUUCCGGAGGAAGUGAGGCUUUUCCCAUCUGCUGUUGACAAGACUCGGAUUGGUGUCUGGGCCACUAAACCAAUUUUAAAAGGCAAAAAGUUUGGGCCAUUUGUUGGUGAUAAGAAAAAAAGAUCUCAGGUUAAGAAUAAUGUAUACAUGUGGGAGGUUUAUUACCCAAAUUUGGGAUGGAUGUGCAUCGAUGCCACCGAUCCUGAGAAGGGGAACUGGCUGCGAUAUGUGAAUUGGGCUUGCUCAGGAGAAGAACAAAAUUUGUUUCCACUGGAAAUCAACAGGGCCAUUUACUAUAAAACUUUAAAGCCAAUCGCGCCGGGCGAGGAGCUCCUGGUCUGGUACAAUGGGGAAGACAACCCCGAGAUAGCAGCUGCGAUUGAGGAAGAGCGAGCCAGCGCCCGGAGCAAGCGGAGCUCCCCGAAAAGCAGGAAAGGGAAGAAAAAACCCCAGGAAAAUAAAAACAAAGGAAACAAAACUGAAGACAUACAGCUGAAGACAAGUGAGCCAGAUUCCACUUCUGCAAAUAUGAGAGAUUCUGCGGAAGGUUCCAAAGAAGAGGACGAGAAGGCUUCAGCUUCGGCAGCUGAGCAGACAGCCGCUCUUCAGGAGGUGGUCAGUCCGGGUGUUCUUCCAGAGCUAGUAAUCCCUCCCCCUGCCUGCGAGCCACAGACAGAACCAGACGAGAAGCUAGAAGCAGCCAAGUGUGAGGCCAAUGACUUGGAGGAGGAGGAGGAGGAGGAAGAGGAAGAUGAGGAGGAGGAGGAGUUGGAAGAAGAGGGUGAAGAAGAAACCGACCUGCCCAAUGAAGGUUCUGUGACAGAGCCAGAAAUGCGGUGUGAUGAGAAGCUAGAUGACUUGUUAGAAGAACCAAAAAAUACUGCAAAAGAAACUCUUGAAGACUCUCCAGAGGUAAUACCUGUUAUCAAAAUCCUCAAAACUAAAGAAGAGGCCAAUGGCGAUGUAUUUGAAACAUUUAUGUUUCCAUGUCAGCAUUGUGAAAGGAAGUUUACAACCAAGCAGGGGCUUGAGCGUCACAUGCAUAUCCACAUAUCCACAGUCAACCACGCUUUCAAAUGUAAGUACUGUGGGAAGGCCUUUGGCACACAGAUAAACAGGAGGAGGCACGAGCGUCGCCACGAGGCAGGGUUAAAGCGAAAACCCAGCCUGGCACUGCAGCCAUCAGAAGACCCAGCUGACGGCAGAGGCCCUGCAGACAGCGUUGCUCCAAAAGAUGACUUGAAUCCUCCCUUUCUUGGGCAAGACUGUCUGGUCCUGAAUUCAGAGAAGGCUUCCCAAGAAACAGUAAGUUCUUCUGUUGUGGAAGAGAAUGGAGAGGUUAAAGAGCUUCAUCCGUGCAAAUACUGUAAAAAGGUUUUUGGAACCCACACGAACAUGAGGCGGCAUCAGCGUAGAGUUCACGAACGUCAUCUGAUUCCCAAGGGGGUGCGACGGAAGGGGGGACUGGAGGGGCCACAGCCUCCCGCGGAGCAGAGCCGUCCGGCCCAGAGCGUCUACGUCCCAAGCACAGAACCAGAGGAGGAAGGCGAGGCAGAUGACGUGUACAUCAUGGAUAUUUCUAGCAAUAUCUCUGAAAACUUAAAUUACUAUAUCGAUGGUAAAAUUCAGACCAGCAGCAGCACUAGUAACUGUGACGUGAUUGAGAUGGAAUCCAGUUCGGCAGACUUGUAUGGUAUAAAUUGUCUGCUAACUCCCGUUACAGUGGAAAUUACUCAAAAUAUAAAGACCACACAGGUCCCCGUCACAGAUGAUCUUCCUAAAGAACCUUCCAGCAGCACAAACAGUGAGUCCAAAAAACGGAGAACAACUAGUCCUCCCGUGUUACCCAAAAUCAAAGCCGAGGCAGAGUCUGACCCCGCGGCGCCCUCGUGUUCCCUAAGCCUGCCUCUCAGCAUAGCAGCCACGGAGGCGGUGUCCUUCCACAAAGAGAAAAGUGUGUACCUGUCACCGAAGCUCAAACAGCUCCUUCAGACGCAGGACAAACUGACUCCUCCUGCGGGGAUUCUGACAACUGAGAUCCCCAAGUUGGGGCCUGUGUGCGUGUCCGCGCCCGCGUCCAUGCUGCCCGUGACCUCCAGCAGGUUCAAGCGGCGGACCAGCUCCCCUCCCAGCUCUCCACAGCACAGUCCUGCCCUUCGAGACUUUGGAAAGCAAAGUGACGGUAAAGCUGUGUGGACCGAGGCAGUCCUAAGUUCCAAAAAGCCCAAAUUAGAAAGUCAUAGCAACUCUCCUGCGUGGAGUUUGUCUGGGAGGGAUGAGAGAGAAACAGCGAGCCCGCCAUGCUUUGAUGAAUACAAGGUGUCUAAAGAUUGGGUCGCCAGUUCCACUUUUAGCAAUGUGUGCAACCAGCAGCCACUGGAUUUGUCCAGCGGUGUCAAACAGAAGGCUGAGGGUACAGGCAAGGCUCCGGCCCAGUGGGAAUCUGUGUUAGACCUCAGCGUGCAUAAGAAGUCCGGCAGUGACUCCGAAGGCAAGGAAUUCAAAGACGGGAACUUGGCGCAGCCAGCCUACGGUGCCGUGAAGAAAAAGAAGCCGACCACCUGCAUGCUGCAGAAGGUUCUCCUCAAUGAAUAUAACGGCCUCGACGCGCCCGGAGAGCAGGCUGUGGCCGGGGCCAGGAGCCCGAGUCCUUGUAAAGCCCUCCAUCCCCAGCCAGACGCUGCCCUUGGUCCGGACUCUGGUUUACCUGCCCCUGCUGUGGAGUCCCCACCUGAUGCGUCUCCUUCCUCUCCUGCCCUCCAGACGCCCUCCCUUUCUUCGCGGCAGCUGCCUCCACUCUUGAUCCCAACACACCCGUCGUCCCCUCCGCCCUGUCCCCCUGUGUUAACUGUCGCCACUCCGCCCCCUCCACUCCUGCCUACCAUACAUCUUCCACCCUCCUCUUCCGGGGCGUCUCCCCGUCCGUGUCCCUCCCCACUCUCGAAUGCUGCUGCCCAGUCCCCACUUCCAGUUCUUUCCCCCACAGUGUCUCCCUCGCCAUCUCCCAUUCCUCCCGUGGAGCCUCUUGUGUCUGCUGCCUCACCGGGACCUCCCACGCUGUCUUCAUCGUCCGCCUCCUCCUCGUCUUCGUCUUCGUUCUCUUCGUCGUCUUCCUCCUCUUCCCCUUCGCCACCUCCUCUCUCGGCAGUAUCGUCCGUCGUUUCCUCUGGGGAUAACCUGGAAGCUUCUCUCCCCAUGAUAUCUUUCAAACAGGAGGAGUUAGAGAAAGACGAUCUGAAACCCAAGGAAGAGUCCCAGUCCGCAGUUGAACAGGAUGUCGUUCAGGAAACAUUCAACAAAAACUUUGUCUGCAAUGUCUGUGAAUCACCUUUUCUUUCCAUUAAAGAUCUAACCAAACAUUUAUCUAUUCAUGCUGAAGAAUGGCCCUUCAAAUGUGAAUUUUGCGUGCAGCUUUUUAAGGCUAAAACUGAUUUGUCAGAACACCGCUUUUUGCUUCACGGAGUUGGGAAUAUCUUUGUGUGUUCAGUUUGUAAAAAAGAGUUUGCUUUUUUGUGCAAUUUGCAGCAACACCAGCGAGAUCUCCACCCAGAUAAGGUGUGCACACACCACGAGUUUGAAAGCGGCACCCUGAGGCCGCAGAACUUCACAGACCCCAGCAAGGCCCACGCGGAGCACAUGCAGAGUUUGCCAGAAGAUCCUUUAGAAACGUCAAAAGAGGAAGAGGAGUUAAAUGAUUCCUCCGAAGAGCUUUACACAACCAUAAAGAUAAUGGCUUCUGGAAUAAAGACGAAAGAUCCAGAUGUUCGACUAGGUCUCAAUCAACAUUAUCCAAGCUUUAAGCCACCUCCAUUUCAGUACCAUCACCGAAACCCCAUGGGUAUCGGAGCGACGGCCACAAAUUUCACAACACACAAUAUUCCACAGACUUUUACCACUGCCAUUCGCUGCACAAAGUGUGGAAAAGGUGUCGACAACAUGCCUGAGUUACACAAACACAUCCUGGCAUGCGCUUCUGCUAGUGACAAGAAGAGGUAUACUCCUAAGAAAAAUCCAGUACCGUUGAAACAAACUGUGCAACCCAAAAAUGGCGUGGUGGUUUUAGAUAACUCUGGGAAAAAUGCCUUCAGACGAAUGGGUCAGCCCAAAAGACUGAACUUCAGCGUUGAGCUCAGCAAAAUGUCACCGAAUAAGCUCAAAUUAAAUGCUUUGAAGAAAAAAAAUCAGCUUGUCCAGAGAGCAAUCCUUCAGAAAAACAGGUCUGCAAAGCAGAAGGCCGGCUUAAAAAACGCUUCAGAGCCCUCGCACAUCUGCCCGUACUGCAGUAGAGAGUUCACGUACAUUGGAAGCCUGAAUAAACACGCCGCUUUCAGCUGUCCCAAAAAACCGCUUUCUCCUUCCAAAAAAAAAGUUUCCCACUCAUCCAAGAAAGGUGGACACUCAUCACCUGCAGGUAGUGACAGAAACAGCAGCCACCGCAGACGGACCGCGGAUGCCGAGAUUAAAAUGCAAAGCAUGCAGGCUCCUCUGGGCAAGACCAGAGCUCGCAGCUCGGGCCCCACGCAGGUCCCACUGCCCUCCUCAUCCUUCAGGUCCAAGCAGAAUGUCAAGUUUGCAGCUUCCGUUAAGUCCAAAAAACCAGGCUCCUCUUUAAGGAACUCGAGCCCGAUAAGGAUGGCCAGAAUAACUCAGGUCGAGGGGAAAAAACCCAAAGCUGUGGCCAAGAAUCAUUCUGCUCAGCUCUCGAGCAAGACGAACCGGAGCCUGCACGUGAGGGUACAGAAAAGCAAAGCUGUCUUACAAAGCAAGUCCGCUCUGGCCAGUAAGAAAAGAACAGACCGGUUCAGUGUAAAAUCUAGAGAGCGGAGUGGGGGGCCGAUCACCCGAAGCCUCCAGCUGGCAGCUGCUGCUGACCCGAGUGAGAACAGGAGGGAGGACAGCAGUGGCAAGCAGGAGCUGAAGGACGUCAGUUAACUGAGGGUUCCGUUGCUGGAAUGAAAUUUGGCCUGAAAGCUAACACAGAAGAAUCAGAUAAGAAAACAGUACUGUUCUGCCUGGGAGGUGGUGGCGCAGGCAUCCGCAGUGGCUGCCCCUCUGCGUGUCACUGGACUGUGCUGUGCACACCUCAGAAGGAUGUGUGUCUUAACACAGGGGGCCGUUUACAAGUGACCGUAAUAAAUUUGUGAAGUUUUUUGGGGAAUCAAAAAUAAAUGUUUAACGGGACAUCAUACCUGGAUUAUCUGGACACGAGAGUGGGCAUUUCCUCAGGGAGUUGGGGUGGUCUUGGCACCUGCCUCGCAGUGCGUUAGGUGUGAAAUCAGGGUUCCUGAGCUCAGGCCUGGGGACACGAGGGUGCCUAGAGAUCGGGCCUCAUCCCCGGUACACGCUGUCGCGUUACAGUGGUAAGGAGUUGUUUUAACCACCGUCUUCUUCCCUUUCAAUAUAUUUCUCCUUGCCAUUUUAUUCAGGGAUGAUUUCAUGACUCACGUGUAGAAACACUCACUUUCUCUCUGUGUUCAGUGACUUUGCUUUACUUUUUCCAUCGUGUAUUCAAGGACUUGGCACAGGUCUGGCUGUACACCUUUUUCCUCUGUCCUUCAUUGUAACAACCUGUGAUUAUGAGCUAGUUCCCAGCACUCAGGCACUUGACAUGGGAGGCUAGUUUGGGGUUCUGUUUCAGGUAUAUGCUUGCAGUCAGCCGUGUGAGUAAAGUUAAGCGUUUCAGAGUUUUCCAUUGAACGCAGAGGGCUCAGCGGAAUUUGCCAGUUGGAGCACAAGCCAUUGUGCCGAUCACAGUGUCAAAAAGACGUGUGCUCCAAGUCCUUUUCUCAGGAUAAAGCAGCAAAGAAUGCCAGGCCUACCACGCGACUUCCGUCUCCGGCUACAGACCUUGCUGCCGUGUCCCCCGUCCGAGUGCAUUCAGAUCUGUUGUCGCUGAGGCCUCAUUUCAGUGGGCUGUAAGACGAAAAGACGGGGAAAGAGAGACGUCCCCACCCCCUCUUGCCCAUCUUUGGUUUUGUAAAUCGCAAGAUGUUUUUACAUUCUCUAAUGUUCCUUUUAGAGCAACUCUUAAUACCGUGUUCCCCUUGCAGCCAGUCAGAAACACCUAAAGAUGGAAAAGCAAAAUGAAAUUCUAGACCAGGUUUUCCCAUUCACCAUGAAUUGAUUAAAAAAAUAAAAUGACAGACGUCAGUUUCUCACUGUCCAUCUCUACCACACCACUCCAGACAGGGCCGUGGCCUUCCAGGCGUGUGGCUUUUGAAUGAGACACCCGUGUUCCUGUGUAUCUUCAGAGUCAUUUUGUUGCUGUCUUAAUAACAUUUGUCAUGUGGUCUGCUCACCUUUUCUUUAACGUGGUCAAUUCAUAUAAGGUUAUGUUACGUUGUCAUUUAUCUUCAGUUUUCUUAUUUUCUAGGAACUUCCUGUAGAAAAGCCCCCCAAACAAAACAAACCUUAAUUGCCUAAAUAAAGGUAAUGCAUGCUCCACUUAGGAUAAGCACUACGACAAAGGACACGAAAUCUACCAAGCUUGCAAGACCAGUUGAAGCUGACUCAAACCCUAACACAGCUGACUGCCGGCAGCCUCUUGUCGCUCUGGUUAGAGUAAGGCAGCCGCUGCUUCGCCGGUGCCCGACACGUGUGCUGGGCUCCUGGGUGAUUGAAAUGCAAGAGGGCGCCGUAGGACGGGCUAGAUGAACUGGCUCGUCGCCACGGGACUGAGAACUCAGAUCUGAGUGUGGCCCUGGUUUUUGGCACAUAGCAGAGGAAGGAAUGAUUUGAACGUAACCUUGCCAAGCAAGUUCUCUGUCUUGUCAGUAGUCGUUUGUAGAUUUCAGGGAAUGACAGAUUCUAAUGCACUCGUUUUAAGAUGUUUUGGUCACACACCAGCUCUUGAUGCCUUUCUUUUAAAUGAAUUAUAGACAGAGAGGCAUUUAGCUUCUCUCUCAGCCUGCUUUUUUAUCACAAGCAGAUUGCCAGCAUAAUGGAGAGGAAACCAGAUUGGAUAUGGACUCCUUUUUUAUGCCUCUUCCAGUGUCGUGUUUAUAUAUCCGAGUGGACAUCCUCUCAAAAAAUUAUCUGGCACUAAUUUAUAACUAUUAUAUUAUCAGAGACUAUGUAGCAAUAUAUCAAUGCCCAGGAUGCAUCACAGGCCUGUAUAGAUGUAUGUCUACAUGUGAGUAUAACUGAAUUUACGUACCAGGUUUUACACUUCGGUCUCUAAUAGAGAUUUAAAAACUACAGAUUGGCCUCUUCCUGAGUGUAUCGUUUCUCCAUGCAUUAUAUGCGUUCCCCGUAAUUAAUGACUGAGUUGGUGGAAAAUGGCUAGGUUUUAUUCAUGUUUUUUUUUUUUUGUUCUCAACUUUAAAAGUAAUCUACCUCUUAAAAUUUGUAGUUUAAUACUUGUUUGGUGAAUUUGUGCCACUUUAACCCUUUCACUAUCAUUCCCAUUUUGUUACAUUUCUGUUCUGGGGACUUUUAUGUUGAAAUAUUGUAUAAAGCAUUUGUAGCAGUUUAAAAAUAAAAUAUUUAAAAUUAUUUAAAUUGUUUUGGACGCUUCAAUUGUAUUAUGUGAUUCACAUUUUACAUUUUUGUUUGAGUUGUUAAUCUGGAGAGUGUUCUUGUAUUGAAGUUUGCUGUUAGUUAUUUUAUUGUUUCUGUUGGAGAGUGAUGAUAAAAGACUAUUCUAAUGAAAAACAUUAAAAUUUACAAUUUGACAUACAAAAGGGGUUGUCCUGUUGAUUUUAACCAAUGUAGCCUUUUAAGAGAGAAAGAGGUUAAUUGUAGAUAGACAAGUUAAGAGUGCUAUUUGCUAUUUCUCCCCUUUCAGCAUGAAAUAAAUCAUUUGAGCUUGUCAGAUACACAAAAGUUUUUUUUAUGCUGUUGCUAGCAAGCAAGCACUUAAUAACUAGGGGGAAUUCUAAUGAUACCGUUUUAUAUCAUUGUAACCAAUAAAAACUUUGUAAAAUCUCGUGAAA